CCUAAAAAAUAAUGCAGGUGAGACGGAGCUGCUGAGCAUCGACACAAGGCCCCCUGGGACACAGCUCACCUGCCUGGCCUCUUUGCUAUAGGUCAGCUGAUCAAGAAGCUCACCAAUUCCACACUGCUGAAGAGCUCCAUCUCCCUCGGCCUCCUCCGUUCGCUCCUCAGCCUCUAACACAGCAGCCAUGAACUGGUCUGCACUGGAGGCCCUCAUCAGCGGGGUCAACAAAUACUCCACCGUCUUUGGCCGCGUCUGGCUCUCCAUGGUCUUCGUCUUCAGGGUGAUGGUGUUCGUAGUGGCGGCCCAGCGGGUGUGGGGCGAUGAGAGCAAGGACUUUGUCUGCAACACGGCCCAGCCGGGCUGCAACAACGUGUGCUACGACCACAUCUUCCCCAUCUCCCACAUCCGCCUGUGGGCCCUUCAGCUCAUCUUCGUCACCUGUCCGUCGCUGAUGGUAGUCGGGCACGUCAAGUAUCGGGAGAAAAAGGACCAGCAGUACACUGUCUCCCACAAGGGAGCCCAUCUCUAUGCCAACCCUGGGAAGAAACGAGGGGGACUGUGGUGGACCUACUUGGUGAGUCUGAUUUUCAAGGCAGGCUUUGACGCUGGCUUCCUCUACAUCCUCUAUUACGUCUACGAUGGUUAUGACAUGCCCCGCCUGUCCAAGUGCUCCCUGGAGCCUUGCCCCAACGUUGUAGACUGUUUCAUAUCUCGGCCCACCGAGAAGAAGAUCUUCACCAUCUUCAUGGUGGUCUCCUCUGCACUCUGCAUCGUCAUGUGCAUCUGCGAGAUGAUUUAUCUCAUCUGCAAACGGGUCCAGAAGCUCAUCAAGAGGAAGGCCGAGGCAGACAGGAGGAUGUUCGCAGAGACUCAUGAGAUGGCGCCGCUGGCAGCGCCAAGGUCAUCAAUCAGGGUGGAUCCUACAGUGUCUAUCCAGAACCUCAGUAACACCAAGGCUGAGGAGAAACCCGAGAAAAAAUAGCAUAAGCCACGAUGUGGCAGUGGCUGUUUUGAAAACUGAGCGAGGUAAUCAGGGUUCCAGAACACGUGGAGAACUGCUGAGAUAUCCAUCAAUUCGGGGAUUUCUGAAACAUCGGAUGCAUUCAAAUUGACUCUUUCAUGGAGAAAGUUAAAGGUUUAGAGAAUUUCUUGUGUGUGUGGGUGUGUAACAGUAUGUGAUGCAGUUACACAGUGUUUAUACAUGUAUACAUACACAUACACACCUACCCCAAAUGAACAUAACAGGAAAAAGUACACAGAGCAGCUCCUUAAAACAUCCUAAAUCCCUUGAAAGGCUGUUGCACGUGAUGAAAAAUAGAUCUUUAUUAUAAGUUAUUACUCUGACCCUCGUUAGCAUUUUGAAUACACCCACUAUAAAGUAAAACCGAAUCACUUAAUGAAUGUAUGAUACAUUUAUACACUUAUACAUACAUGUUUUAUACACAUAAAUUAAAUUUUAUUGUUUUUUUCUUUCCUUUUGUAAGAGAAGUAAGAGUCUAUAUAAUAUAUUCUAUUUUACACUGUGUUUAUUUUUGUGCUGUAUAAAGAUAUUUUACCGUAGAAAAGAAAUCUCACUGUGUGUUUCUUUAUGAAGAACUUUUUCACAGUUAUUGUACAUGAAAUGAUGUAUAGCUGUAUCAGUUAAUGACUUUAAUGUUCUACAUAGCACUGCAUUUUCCAUAGAGUAGAAAAGAAAAGUCCCAUGCUUUUAAAAAAUAAUAAGGUAGCGUGUGCCACCGUUUCCAUGGACCCUUCUGACAUGGACAGCAAAAAAAAACCUCACAUAAUAAACUCUACACUCUCUAUCUUAAAAAUAUGUUUGCCACUAUGUCUUGCCAUUGCACAGCCUUUUACAUCUAAAAAACUCCAUAAAAUCCAAUCCAAUCCAAAUGUAUAUCUAUAGCACACUUAAGAACAAUCCAGUUGACCAAAGUGCUGUACAUCACAUAAAUACAUAAAAGUGACAGGAUAUGAAACAAUGUAAACUAAAAGCAAUAUACAAAAACAAUAAAAAUGUAA